AAGAAGCAUGAACUUGGGCAAACUCGUAACUCAAAAUGAUUAUACAGGCGAGACCUAUUGUCCAUUAUUACUCAUUGCUGAAUCUUUUGCCAUACCUGUUUAAUCACCACUUCUGUUACUGUUGCUGAACGGUCCGGGUGAAGAGAUGAACGCAUCCGAUGCUGCAUUAUUGGACCAGGUGCAUAACUGUACAGUUUGCUGACAACACCGGGUUGCCACAUGGACAACGGGGAUCAAAAUGGUUAUGGACACCAACAGCAGUUUUAUUUACAGUAACAUCAGGUCCUACAUGAUAGAAGAAAACCCGAGGGAUCUCAGCACCACUAGAAUGAUUUCAGACUCGCUGGACUUACAUUAUUUAUUAAAAAUAAUACAAGAGCCAACUCCCAGUUCCUUGCCAACUUCCAGUCUGUUCACAGAGAACGACACUCAGUGUGGGGAGAAGAUUCUGAACUAUGGAAUCAUGGAAAAAGUAGUUAUUGGAGGUAUUCUUACGAUGCUCACUUUACUGACUAUUGCUGGAAACUGUUUGGUAGUUAUUUCGGUAUGCUUUGUAAAGAAACUAAGACAGCCUUCGAAUUAUCUAAUUGUUUCUCUGGCUCUGGCUGACCUCUCGGUAGCAGUGGCUGUAAUGCCGUUUGUCAGUGUGACGGACCUUAUUGGUGGACAGUGGAUCUUUGGACAGGUUUUCUGUAACGUCUUUAUAGCGAUGGAUGUGAUGUGCUGUACAGCUUCAAUCAUGACCCUGUGUGUUAUAAGUAUAGAUAGGUACCUUGGAAUAACUAAACCUUUAACGUACCCUGUGAGACAAAAUGGAAGAUGCAUGGCCAAAAGGAUCCUGUGUGUUUGGCUCCUGUCUGCCUCCAUUACUCUGCCUCCUCUCUUCGGCUGGGCUCAGAAUGUAAAUGAUGACAAAGUGUGUUUGAUCAGUCAAGACUUUGGCUACACCAUUUACUCUACCGCUGUGGCGUUUUACAUCCCCAUGUCGGUGAUGCUAAUCAUGUACUACCAGAUAUACAAAGCCGCCAAGAGGAGUGCUGCUAAACACACAUUUUCUGGCUUCCCCCGGCCAGAAGAGAAUGACGACAUUGACUCCGCCCCGGGAGCCAUAAAACUGCGCAAGGAGUCGGAAGAGUGCGCCCAUUUUUCUCGGCUUCUCAAACACGACAGAAAAAACAUCUCCAUUUUCAAAAGGGAGCAAAAAGCAGCCACCACCCUGGGGAUUGUUGUGGGGGCGUUUACAGUUUGCUGGCUGCCUUUCUUUCUGCUGUCCACAGCAAGGCCCUUCAUCUGCGGUAUCGAGUGUAGCUGCAUCCCCCUCUGGGUAGAGAGGACAUUAUUGUGGCUGGGCUAUGCCAAUUCCCUCAUCAACCCUUUUAUAUAUGCCUUCUUCAACCGGGACCUGCGGACCACGUACCGGAACCUGCUGCAGUGUAAAUACAGGAACAUCAACCGCAAACUGUCAGCGGCAGGGAUGCACGAAGCUCUGAGGCUUGCAGAGAGACCAGAACUUGUACUCUAGCAGCACUGCUUUGAGGGAACACUGUCUGUAACUUGGUUAUAUACUGUACCCCUUUCCUUUAUUACAUUUUAUAUACAUGCUUGGGGUGUUCAGAAAAUAUGAAUAUUGUGGCUCAGUUAGCCUGUCCUUUAAGGUGUAUUAUGUUAACGUGGGGUUUUAUCAUUCUAAAAUUAAUUUUGCUUAGCACUUGGUGUCACAAAAAAAAAUGUAAUCAAGCUGUUAAUUUAAAGAGGAAAGUUAAAUCCAUACACUUACCUCUUUGUCCCCGGUACCUUAUUACUUUAUAUGUUACAGCCUUCCUACCAGUGCAAGAUAGCAGCAUUGCUAAUGCUAAAAAUAGAUGCUUAAAAUAUACCUUUGAGGCUAACACAGUUUUCAUUUAAUUUACUUUCUGACUUCACAACAUUUUUUAAUGCAUUUAUAGCACUAAAUAAAGCAAACCAGUACAGGAUAUGUAAUUAUUGCAAAGCAUGGCCUUAGGCCAGUGUUAAAACAGUAUUGAAAAAAUACAUUAAAUAAAUGCUGAGUUGGUAUUAAAUGUUGUGGAGUUUACUCCUGGGUAAAAUACAAUAAAGUAAGCCACACAAUAAAUUGUGAAGUGUCUUAACUCAGGUAAGAAAAAUAUAAUAAAAAAUAAAAUUGCAUAUUACUAUUAUUUUUUAUGUAUAAAUCAUGUUGUAUUGUAAAUUGCACAUACAGUACUUACUAGUUCAUAACCAGCAUACACUGAUUUGUAUAAACGAACAUUGUUACACAUGAGAAAAGUCUUAUUAUUUAAUGCUGAAAAUGUUAACUGUUACCUGUAUUUGAUGAAUUAUACACAUUUAAGUGAGCAUUGUUAUGUCUAGAACAAAAUCUUUACCUGCUAUAGUGUAGAAGUUACAUCCUUUUUUCAUUUGCUUUAUCAUAGAGAGUUUCCAAACCAUGUCUCACAAACCAUACGUGAAGUUGCUCUGCCAGGUUAAAGGUUACCCUUUGCGUGUAAAACUGUUGUGAUGUUUUCUGGCUUGCAUGUCUUGUGGUGAACAUUAAAUUAAGCAUGACAUAAACCUACAAAAUUACAGUAGAGGAAUGUAGUUCUCCACACCCUGUGUUCGCAGUUUGAUAAACGUGGUUCAGAAACUUUCAAAUAUCAAACAUGUAAAUCAGGGGUGUCCAAUCACAGUACAAUGAUAGAACUACCUACUUCAGGGUCUAGAUGGAGGUUUAAUUGGUUCAAUUAAUGCAUUUAGAACAUGGUUGGAGGGGCCACCUUGGCUACUCCUGAAGUAAAUUGUUUAUUUAAGAUCAGGAUUUUCAUUUGUUCUUGACCUGGUUGACAGAAUUUAUUUCUACAUUAACCAGCAGUAGAUCACAUGCCUCAAUACAUUAAAGGCAAAACUUCAAUAUGGUAUUAUAAACAGUAUUCAAAACCUCUUGUACCUCUUGUUAGAAUCAUCAAAUUUUUGGUGCCGACUCACAGGAGUAUUUGCAUAGUGGGGGGAAAAAACACAUGUUAAUUACUACUGUAGCACUAAACAGCUAAGUAAUAAAACUCAAGUUGGCCCUCAUUUCUUCUGAAGGGAAUACAACAGUUUAAAUAUAAUACAACAAAGAAGAAGAAGAAGAAGAAGAAGAAGAAGAAGAAGAAGAAGAAGAAGAAGAAGAAGAAACUAUUGUAAGUGUUUCUUGCUAGUUUUAUUAAAAUUGCUGUAAUCCUUUAAGAAAAAUCAGGGUGAACUUUGUUGCUAAAUAAGGCCCAAGGUCUCUUAAGCCCUGACAAGUUGUUGUUUCUCAUUUUGUAAAAUGAAUGUGAAAUUUCCUUGUGAAUAAACGCUUUGAAAAUAUGCCUUAAAAUGUGAUGAUCAAGCAUCCUCUGCAGAGACUCCCUGAUUCCAUUGCACCUCAAGGAGUCUCUCAAGUGACUGUUCCUCAACUGAUCAUGACAAUGGAUUGACUACUGAGAGGUCCUUGUUCUUUAACACCUUUUAGAGGCUUAUUCCAGUUAAGCUGAAUAUAGUAAUUGAAUAAUUUGAACCUGUAUACAAGGAGAGGAACAGGUGAAAUAUAAUACAUAUUAUAGCUGUUGAAAAUGGUGCUCUCUACACAUAGACAGUGCAUUGAGCUUGCUAUGUGGAUGUUACUUUGUUACUGUGAAGAGCCCAACAUCAAAGUGGAAAUAACAGACACGGAGGCGUGAACAAAAGCUACAAUGGAUUUCAUUUCUCCACUUUUCUAAUACGUUACAUACAAUGUGUUUAUGUAUUUCACUAAUCCUUGCUUGUGUAGUGUAGUGUGGACAAAAUAAAAGUAGGCACAAAUACUGUAAUAUCGAAUAAAUACAUAUGGCAGUAACAAAAUAAUGUAUUUUAAUGGGAAAAUAAGUACAUUUUAAAACAAACUUUAAACGAAUGUUACAGUUGAACAAAAACUUUAAAUAUUAGACCAUUUGUGAGGAAAAGCUACAUUUGUGUUCAUGAGUUGCCAAUUACAACUAAAUUACCGCUACAGAAUUGGUAACAAAUGGUCAGUGUGAAAUCAAUACUGGGAACUCCUUAGAGUCUUUUUUUACAAGAUUAAUGAUUAAUGUCCAAUUGUUUGCCAAAAAAAGUUUAAACUGUGUAAAGUGUGACUGUUUCAUGCCUGUCAAAAUAAACAAAUAAAUAAAAGAAAAAAGAAAAAAUAACAGGCCCCUGUUAAGAAAUGAUUUAUCUGCCCUGUGAUUCUCGGCCCAUCCAAUGAGACACGAUGUUUAACAUAUGCAGUGAUACUGGAAAUAAGACCAAUGCCUGGCACUAUAUCAUGAGUCAACUGACCGAUGACAGCAAGUGUGCUGUAUUUAGCUUUAUUUUAUAUAAUGUAUCUGUGUAUAUGGAGGCUGUUGUGUAUGUCUCUCUGUAUGUCACACUUACAUUUUUACAUUUAAAAAAACACUUAUCCAUUUAUGAUUAAACUUGAGCACACGGUAUCAGAAUCUAGGGGUUUGAAGGUUCUCUCCUUGGCUUUCUCUCUCCAUCUAUGAGUCACAAAUUAUUCAUGUAUGAUGGUUAUACUUUUGCAGAAGCCUUUAAGAACAUUCAAAUCUUAUGCAGACACCUGUCUAUCUAUGAUGGCUCUAAUUUGGAAUUUACAUAAGGCCAU